AUGACAGUCGUAUGCGACAUGAAAGGCACGCCAAGCGCACAGUCUGAUGCAAUGCAUUCUCACGGGCACUCACAUGAACACGGUCAUACACAUGAAGUGAUGGAUCACCCAGGCAAGUUCGGUGAGCGCGACUUGCCCAACUAUGCCUCGCGCAACUGGACCGAGCGUGCCUUUACGGUGGGUAUCGGCGGCCCGGUGGGCUCGGGAAAGACAGCACUGCUGCUUGCUCUAUGCAGACGUCUACGUGAUACAUACAAUGUGGGCGUAGUGACGAAUGAUAUCUUCACGCGCGAGGACCAAGAGUUCUUAGUGAAGAACGCAGCUUUGCAAGACGCCAACAGGAUUCGCGCCGUGGAAACGGGUGGAUGCCCUCAUGCGGCGAUCCGCGAAGAUAUAUCCGCGAACUUGGAAGUGCUCGAACAGCUCCAAGCAGAGUACGAGACACAGCUCUUGUUUGUCGAAAGUGGCGGCGACAACUUGGCGGCGGCUUUCAGUGUGGAACUGUCUGACUUUCACGUAUAUGUGAUUGAUGUGUCAGGCGGUGACAAGAUUCCACGCAAGGGUGGUCCGGGUAUUUCGCAGUCGGAUCUGCUGGUGAUUAACAAGAUCGACUUGGCCGAGCAUGUGGGCGCCUCGUUGGACGUGAUGCGUCGCGAUGCCGACAAAAUGCGGGAUGGCGGUCCAACGAUAUUCACGAGCGUCCGACAGGACCAGGGAGUCGACGCUGUCGUCGAUAUGAUUCUCGCGGCGCGUCGUGCGGCUGGGGCAGAUAAAGCUGGCAAGCCCCCGUCACCCUAA